GACACCCCUGUGAAUAAGACGGGGGUAGUUGUGGUCCGUGCAAAUGACAAUGUCGCUCCAACCCCUUCAAUUGCUAAUCCUGUACCUGUCUACCACUGCAGUGUGGGAUGCCAGUGAGAAAAUGCAGAUGUGAACACAAAGGGUUUAAAUGUAGGACACCCAGUUCAAACCCAGCCAAUCAUUAAUACACCUAAGCUUCAAAUUGACUGAUAGAUGAUCAAGCUACACUGAGGCCUAGGUGGACUUACCCAAUGUGAAUCGCUUAACCAAAGAGAAGAGCUUUGAUUAUGUUACUUUUCUUACACCUGCUGAAAUAUCUUAUGCAGUCUGAAAUGAGAUAUUAUUGAUACAGCAGUGAAGAUGACUGCUUUGUAAUCUGAAAUUAAUGCAAAAUAGUUAUUAAAAAUUAGCUACUGUAUUGCAUGUAACGUAUUGACUCAAGUGGACAUAAACGAAUUAAUGAUACCUAAAAGAAGUAUACGGCAAAUGCUACACGCUUAUUUCCCCUUGAUUACUCUUAUAUUUGUGAGUUUGUUAUGUUAUAUGACUGGGCUCCUGUCUAUUAAAAGGAUGCGCACUGUGAAAGAGGAACCAGUUAAAAUACACCGGAAGUUUUGUAAAUUUGCAAACAAACCCACAUGACAGCAGAACAGAAACAAAAUGAAAGUGCGGGUUCGGAUACAGGGUGCGACGAAGACAGUCAGUUUGGGAGACGGUGGUGCGAAGGACAUUUCAUUUGCCGUACUGAAGCAGAAUGUCACAACAGAGCUUGGUUUAAAUCACGAAUCUUUUGACCUAAGUUUGAACAAGAAAGACAUUCUGGAAGGCGAUGAAACGGUGCUAGAUGACUUUGGUAUUGUGUCAGGGGACCUCAUCCAUGUCCUGGUUCAUGGAGGAACCACAGUAGGUCAACCAAGGGAGGUUACACCUACCAGUCAGCCAAUUCAAAGGGAGGCUACUCCUCACUCUAGUGACACCAGUACAAUACUCACCAGUGCCUCCAGUGUGGUGUCAGCAUCAGACACAUAUGCUACAUCUACAAGCAUAAGCCAUAGCUCUGAAGUUCUGGAUGCUCCAGUUGAAGAUGAUCCCAUGGAAGGAACCAGCAAUAUGGAUGGAAACAGCAAUAACGAUCCUGUUGUGAAUCGGUGCUUACAAGAGCCACUACAAUGUUGUGAGUCAACAACUGACAUUGUUCCUGUCUUACUGGCCCAGUUGUAUGAAUCUGUUCAAUGUGAAGAUCAGAAUGACUUGUUGUGGGUUGUGAUACACAAUUUAAUGUUGGAGGCAGGAUUCAAGCCCACUCAGGGAGAUGACAGUGGAAGUUCAAUGCCAGACCACUGGAAGCAGCCAACGGUCUACAACACCAGGUAUCGUCUCCCGGAGUCGGAUGGAGUGGUCAGUUCAGUGACCGGAGUAGUGAUGGGAUCGUUCCUCAUUGUACACGGUUACAUUGUUGGCAAUGAGAUGGAUUCCUGUACAUACAAAGUGAUUCUCAAGCCCAGCGAUUAUUUGACUGGAGACACGAAAAGUGGGCCAGCCAAGUGCUACAAGAACCUGAAGAAAAUCUCUCGUAAUGUAAAGAACCAUGUCGGGCUGCCGCUGCUCAAAGACAUGAGGACAGUGUUGGGGUAUCCUGAGGGGAUUAACCUCCUGUCCUUGACACAUGAACUGAAGUUGAGGAUUCUUGGCUUCCUUGACUGUGCGAGUCUCCUGAAAAUGGACAGAACUUGUCAGCACUUUCACUCUCUGGCAAGAGACAGGGCUGUCUGGCGGCGGCGCUACCUCCUCGACUUUGGAAGCCGAGGGAACAAUUCAUUGUCCUUGAACUGGUAUAAGCUGUACAAAGCACAGUACCGCAGUCGUAAAGAGGCACAGAAAGCUAUGAGAGAAAUGACGUGUUUGACCCCAGGACAAGUGUGGAUGCAACAGCACCCCCAACCCCCAUUUGCCCCCCUGGCUCCCUACAACGGGGGAAUUUUGGGUGGGGACUAUGACCUCAACCCUCAGUUCCAAGGUGUUCCCGAUCCACUUGGGAGACGAGGACGCAACCCACUGCAGCCUCUACUUCCCCAACCAAGAUUUGACCCCUUUGGACCUCUGCCUGACCACAACAUAUUCCCAGGACCAGGAAGAGGAAGGAGAGGGGGUGGUGGCCGGGGAGGUUUGGGGAGGGGACGAGGAUGGAUGGACAAGACAGAAGCCAUGUUGAUUGGUACAUGUGAUAAGCGGAACAAGGCAAAUGUUUCAUCUCUUAGUGUUGGACAGUCCCAGGUUCUUUUCACUGACUGUGUUAGAAAUCUGGGAGUUAUCCUGGACAAUGACCUGUCAAUGGAUGAGCACAUCACUAUGACCUGCAGAGCUUGUCACUAUCAUCUCCGGAACAUCGGCAACAUCCGGCACCUGCUGUCUACUGAUACUGCCCAUAUGCUUGUCAGGAGUUUAGUGCUAUCCAAGCUGGACUACUGUAAUGGUCUUUUAUGUAACAUCACCAAUGAACAAAUGUCCAGGCUUCAGCGCAUUCAGAAUUCUGCCGCAAGGAUAGUUACACGAUCAAAGAAAUCUGUGCACAUCACGCCCAUACUGAUGAAACUGCACUGGCUACCUGUUGAUGCACGUGUUCAGUAUAAAGUGCUUGCACUGGCUUAUCAGUGUUUUUACCAAUCAGCACCUUCCUACCUGUCUGAACUCACACAAGUCUACCACCCAUCUAGAGUCCUCCGAUCUGCCCAACAACAUCUCUUCUUUGAUCCAACCCCACGUCUGAGACGAUUUGGUCAGAGAUCAUUUACUUACAAUGCCACCACUCUCUGGAAUAAACUCACAGAUUAUCUUAAAGGAAUCCCUACUCUGCAAAUGUUCAAAGACAGUCUCAAAACAUUUCUCUUCACUCAGUUCUAUAGACUCUAA